AUGUGUGAGGUGCCAUAUGCUUCGGCAGUAGGUAGUCUCAUGUAUGCCAUGUUAUGUACACGACCAGACAUUGCUUUUGCAGUUAGUGCAGUAAGCAAAUAUCAGUCAAAUCCUGGAGAAAGACACUGGACAACAGUAAAAGCCAUCCUGAAGUAUUUGAGAAGGACCAAAGAGUUGAUACUAGGUUAUGGGGGUUCAGAGUUGACGCUCAAAGGAUACUCAGAUUCUGAUUUUCAGUCGGAUGUAGACGAUAGAAAGUCUACGUCUGCAUUUAUUUUUGUUUGUAAUGGAGGUGCAGUUAGUUGGAAAAGUGCUAAACAAUCGACUACUGCAGACUCUACUACAGAAGCUGAGUAUAUUGCCGCUUCAGAAGCUGCAAAAGAGGCUGUUUGGAUGCGUAAAUUCGCCACAGAGUUGGGCGUGGUUCCUCAGAUGAGUCAACCAGUAAUUCUAUUCUGUGACAAUACUGGUGCCAUUGCACAGGCAAAGGAACCAAGAGCGCAUCAAAAGUCAAAACAUGUUCAACGAAAAUAUCACAUCUUGAGAGAAUUCGUUGGAGCUGGAGAUAUUGUCAUUCAGAAGAUUGCUUCGGCAGACAAUCUUGCAGAUCCACUAACUAAAGCACUGACGCAAAGACUGUUGGACCAGCAUCUAGAGAAGAUGGGCAUUAGGUACUACAGCGAUUGGCUUUAG